AUGAUGUCCUCCGCCAACGAGGAGGAUCCCUUCCUCCAAGUCCAACAGUAUGUCACGAGCCAGUCCAGUCCACCGGUGCUCCUGCGCAAAGCCAGGACGGUAGAUGCGCAUGUAGAUGUCCUCGCCCAGCUGGACUCGACCCGCCCCCUGUUCACCUCCUACCUCCGCAUCCGCUCCCUCUCCACGUCCCCGACGUCCCCGGAACUCGCCUCCGCCCGCUCCGACCUCGAAUCCUCCCUCGCCUCCCUGGCCGAGGACCUCGCCGACCUCGUCGAGUCCGUCAAGGCCGUCGAGUCCGACCCGGCCUCCUUCGGCCUCUCGUCCGCCGAGGUCGCGCGCCGCAAGAGGCUCGUCCAGGAGGUCGGCGGCGAGGUGGAGGACAUGCGCGACGAGCUGGCCAAGAAGCUGGGGACCGACGCCAAGGGGAAAGCCGCCGGGGGCGCCUCGAACUCGGACCUGCCGGACCCGAGCUCCUUCGCGAUGGAGGGCGGCGAGGGGGAGGACGGGUACGCCGAGUUCGAGCAGCAGCAGCAGCUCGAGAUGAUGCGCCAGCAGGACACGCACCUCGACGGGGUGUUCCAGACGGUGGGGAACCUGAGGCGGCAGGCGGAUGAUAUGGGCCGCGAGCUGGAGGAGCAGAGGGAGAUGCUCGAGGUCGUGGACAGCGUCGCGGAUCGCGUCGGUGGGCGGUUGCAGACGGGCGUGCAGAAGUUGCAGUAUGUCAUGCGGAGGAACGAGGACAGGCUGAGCAGUUGCUGUAUUGCGGUGCUCAUCUUCGUGCUUAUCCUGCUGCUCGUGUUGUUGUUAAUACUGUGA